GGGGAAACUCAUGCAAACACAGGACUUGUAGAAUAUUGGAAAAGACGCGCACUUUCCCACGUGGACCACGGACAACUCAGGGACAUGUCUGGCACCACUGGAAGAGGUCAUGGGGGUCUUAACCAACUAGGCGGAAUGUUUGUAAAUGGACGUCCACUUCCGGAGGUAAUCCGGCAGCGCAUCGUGGACAUGGCCCAUCAGGGAGUCCGGCCCUGCGACAUCUCCCGCCAGCUCCGGGUCAGCCACGGAUGUGUCAGUAAAAUCCUGGGACGCUACUAUGAAACUGGCAGCAUUAAACCCGGUGUGAUCGGCGGCUCAAAGCCCAAAGUGGCCACUCCAAAGGUCGUGGACAAGAUCGCCGAAUACAAGAGACAGAACCCGACGAUGUUCGCCUGGGAGAUCCGGGACCGUCUGCUGGCGGAGGGCGUGUGUGACAGCGACACCGUGCCCAGUGUGAGCUCCAUAAACAGAAUAAUUCGCACAAAGGUCCAGCAGCCGUUUAACCUGCCUCUGGACGGAAAAGGCCUGAGUCCAGGUCAAACAUUAAUCCCGAGUUCAGCCGUUACCCCUCCAGAGUCUCCACAGUCGGACUCUUUGGGCUCCACCUACUCCAUCAACGGUUUAUUAGGCAUUCCCCAGACUGGCACAGAGGGCAAGAGGAGCCACGACGACAGUGAUCAGGAGAGCUGUCGGCACAGUGUGGACUCUCAGGGCAGCGGGGGCAUCCCUAGAAAACAAAUGAGGCUGGAUCAUUUCACAGCAGCGUCGCAGCACUUGGACUGUGGCUUCGACCGGCAUCACUACCCAACGGACACCUUCAACUCGCCGUCCAGCAGCAAGACGGAACAAACUUUGUACCCGCUCACACUUAUAAACGGUACUUUAGAGGAGGCGAAGAGCAGCUUGUCGACAUCCAGCACGGCUCUCGGUCGCAAUCUGGCGGGGCAUCAGGGAUACACGGUGGUGACGGACUCGGUUCAGCCUCUGCCGCUCUGCCUAAAACAAGAGAUGUCUCCAGAAGUGACCAGCACGAGCCCCUCCCCGCACAUGACACCAUCCAACCUGGCCUACGUGGAGCUGCAGGCGCUGCAAAAACCCGUCUCUGUCAGCAGCAGCUGCGGCAGCUCCAACCAUUUCCCCAAUGCCAUCAGCUCCUUCUCCCAUCAUGCACCUGUGUACGGCCAGUUCAGCAGCCAGUCUAUCAUCUCAGGGCGCGACAUGGUGAGCUCCACAUUACCGGGUUACCCUCCCCACAUCCCGUCUCCAGCUCAGUCGGGAUACUCUUCUUCUGCCAUCACGAGCAUGGUAGCGGGUGCUGACUACUCGGGACAGUCCUAUAGCCAUUCUCCGUAUACCUCCUACAGUGAGGCCUGGAGGUUUACCAACUCUGGCAUACUGGGUUCGCCUUAUUACUACAGCUCGGCAUCUCGCACAGCCCCUCCGUCCACAGCUGCCUACGACCAUCUUUAG